AUGGCGGCGCAGCUUCGUCGGAGAAGCCAAAGGCUGCUGGACCAGAAGCUGGACUGGAGCACCGUUCUGCCACACGAGCUCUGGGAGAAAAUCGGCAAGGGGCUCCAUUCCGGCCGGGACGCCGCCAGCUUCCGGUGCAUGUGCAGGCUCUGGCGCGCCGCGCUGCCCUUCACGGAGUUCGCGCCGGCGCUGAUGAUGCCCUUCGACCCGGAGUCAACCGACGGCACCAUCACCUUCUACAGGCCGACGGACGGGAAGACCUACACGAAGGAUCUUCCGGUGCUCCAAGGUAAGCUGGUGUGUGGGUCGUCGCACGGCUGGCUGGCCCUCGUCGACGAGGCCGCGUGCCUGACCCUUCUGAACCCAUUCACCCGGGCCACGAUCGCGCUCCCGCCCACCGACGCGCACUUCGCCAUCGACUUCUCGAGACCCGCCGUCUUUCUCGACGGCCGGUGGUUCCACCGCCCAUCUUUCUCCGAUGGCAUGCUACGCGAACUUAAGCUACAUGAGAUGCCCGACGUGUUCUUCAGCGAGGUUGUGCUAUCCUCGCCUGCCGACUCGGGUGACUGUACUGCGGUGGCGCUACUCAACGAGUCGUCCGAUGUCGCCUUCUGCCGCGUCGGGGACGACGGCUCCUGGAGGUUGCUCAGAACCGGACUGACACAUGAAAUCAGCUGCGUUGUCCACUGCCGCAACAGGUUCCUAGCAAUCACCUACGACGGACAGAUCUCCAUCUGCAACCUCGUGGGUGCAAUUCCGACGGCGAGGCCGAUGCAAUCGUUGGAGCUGCCCAAACAAGUCUCCCCAUUAUCAUAUCUGCAGCUGAAUGGCGAGCUGCACCUGGUGGGCACCCUUGGCUCCACACACUGCACCCGGCUCUACAAGUGCAAUGUCUUUGCCCGGAAACCCGUGUGGUCCAUGGUGACGAAUGCCGGUGAUCUGACAGUGCUCACGUCACAUUAUAUCGCGGCCGCCAGCCGUGCCGGAGGAAGCGUUUCUGGGCUCGAGAAGAAUUCGAUCUACUACUCCGGGCAUCUCGGAAGGCAUGUUGAAGUGGUGAAAGAUGACAAGGGAAGCACCAAGCCUGUUCUGUGA